ACAUGUAUAAUGUUGUGGGAUACUUCAAUCUAGUUGAAGUUUAACCAGAUCUGUGUCGGAGAACUAUUAAUUGACACCGUCACACCUACAUCACUGCAGUACUGGUAUCGUGUAAACACACUGAUUACGAUGACUAUGUCAACAUCUUACUCAACGUCUCGUUUUCGUGUUGACACUGAAAUUCUAUUCAAACAAAAACAUAAUACGUGUAUAUUACAUCAUGAUUGUUUAACAAAACCAAAGAUGACGACCUGUAUUGUUUGGAUCAAACAUUCCUGGUUUGUGUAGAGGCGUCUGUAUAAGAGUGCUCCAGUCCCGUACGACACGCUACUCAACACUAAUGUGCCGGACUCUGAAGGACGGUGUUUUGACAAACAAGAAUGAUCGAGGUCCAUUGCAGUUAUGCCAUGAACCAUUCACCCACUGUGUUCUGCCAAACUACAUUGAAGACGAAGAAUUUCUAGAAAAACUUCAGGAAGAGCUGCUGGAUUUGACAUUUGCAGAGAAAAACAAUGACCUCUACAAGUUUCACCAGAGCAGAGAAGACCUCAAAGCUGUGCAGUCCCCUCAUAUUAGUGCUUUAAGAAACCUGAUAUAUGUGAAAUUUAAAGAAUGGCUGGAGACUGUGACGCACAUACCUCUAAAUGACAAAGUGGACAUGUCAUGUGCCAAGUAUGAAUUUACAGAUACCCUUCUGUGUCAUGACGAUGAGCUGGAAGGGAGGCGGAUAGCCUUUAUCUAUUACCUUGUCCCACCCUCCUGGUCAGAGGAAGAUGGAGGGGCGCUGGACCUAUUUACAGUCAAUGAGAACGGCCAACCUGCUGAUGUUGUCCAGUCUAUAAUCCCGGUGAGAAACAACUUUCUGUUCUUCGAGGUGACACCUGUGUCUUUCCACCAGGUGGCUGAGAUACUGUCUGAGGACAAGACACGCCUUUCUAUCAGUGGCUGGUUCCACGGCCCAUCUAUAAAGAGACCUGCCCCAUAUGAAGAGCCACACCCUUCAAUGGUCCAAGCUAUUCAAAUAGAGGAAGAUGUGUUCUAUGACUGGAUAAACCCAACAUACAUGGACAUGCUGUCACAGGCAGAUAUUAUGGAACGCUUCGAGGAGGAAUCUCAGAUAGAACUACAAAACUUCCUACAGAACAGCAAGUAUGAGCAGCUUAAGGAUGCACUACAGAAAUGUGACUCGUGGACACCGAGGGGACCUGCCAACAAGAGGUGUUACUCCACACUAGACAUGGAGGAUCCCCCUGAGAUUGUUAAGGAAUGUAGACGUUUGUUCCAGUCUGAUGCCAUGUUUCUUGUACUAUCAAAUCUCACUGGACUCAAACUUCACGAGCUGGCGCCCGAAUCUGAUACAGAUGACAGCGAUGAGGAGACAACACCAAAAGGAACGAAAGGUGAGCCCUGUUUUUGUAACCAGGUACGGAGAUGGAAACAUGGUUCGUACACCCUGGUACACGACAAUGAGAUUGAGGGUGACAGGGAGUUUGCCUUGGAUGUUCUCCUAUACAUAGGCUGUGAAGGGUGGGAGCCUGACCAGGGAGGGAUCACAUCCUACAUAGCUCUGGGUGCGGAUGAGGAGUUGCUCUCAGUGAGCCCAUCAGAAAACAGUCUAGCACUGGUAUACCGUGGCCAAGACACACUCCACUUCGUCAAACACCUCAACGCCAGGUCCAGACAGCUACCCAACAAACAAUUUUACGAUAUAUGUUGUACAUAUUAUGAAUAAAUAUUUUA